AUGCCUUCUGGCAAGUCAAACAAUCCUGGUAAUUUUGCUAAUCGACCCCAUGAGGAGGUUGAGAGAAUUGCAGCCAUGGGUGGUCAUGCUAGCCACUCGGGUGGUUUCCAUAACAUGGAUCCCAAGAAGCAGCAUGAGAUUGCUGCCAAAGGUGGUCACGCGAGCCAUGGGCAUCAUGGUGGAUUUGCCAAUAUGGAUCCUCAAAAGCAGCAUGAAGUCGCAUCUCAAGGUGGUCAUGCAAGUCAAGCCCAUCAUGGUGGAUUUGCAUCAAUGAGUCCAGAAAGACGACACGAGAUUGCUGUUGAAGGAGGCCAUGCAUCCACUGGUCAUUUCCAAAAAGGAAGCGAGAGAGCUCGUCAAGCGGGUCAUAAGGGUGGUCUUGCUCGUGGUCGUCAACGUCGUCAUCAGGAGCAAGGUAACGAGUAA